AUGACAUCUAAUGGAAAAAAGUCAGACGAGAAUUUGAAGGAAGCAAUAAGGAGACGGGGAGUGAUUAAAGGGAAGUUAACUCGAUUUGGUACAUUUUUUAAUGGAUUCUUAAAAAAUGACAAAAGAAAUUUCACCGAGUUGAAGCUUCGAUGUGAUAAAUUGAACGCAUUGUAUGAUGAAUUUGAUACAGUUCAUACGGAAAUUGAAGAGUUCGACGAUUCCGCGGAUCAGCAAAGUGAAAACGAAUUCUUUGCUAUCCAAGCUGCCGCUUUGGAGGAAGGUGAAAAUCAUCGGCUAUCAAAUAUACCGACAUCAACUCAACCAUAUCAACAAAAUGAUAGUCAAUUGUUUCAACUGCACCGUAUAAGAUUACCAGAGUUUUCCGGUGGGUACGAAAAUUGGCAACCGUUUCGAGACAACUUUAGUGUGAUGGUCGAUAAGAAAAACAUUUCCGCGGUACAAAAGCUCCAAUAUCUGCGUUUAUCUCUCUCGGGGUCUGCUGCACAAUUGAUUAAUAGUUUAGAAAUCACUGACGUGAAUUACCAAGUAGCUUUCGAGUUACUUACAAAACGUUUUGAAAAUAAGCGUCUAAUUGUACAGUCACAUCUAUCCAAACUGUUCGCGGUUCAACGACUUGAAAAGGAAUCCGCAAUAGAAUUACGUGUUUUUUACAAUACAUUCACAAGACACUUAGGUGCAUUAAUGGCAGUUGGCACCUUUAGUAUUCAUUGCUGCCUCAAAAUUAUAUGCUAG